UUUUUUUUGAGGAAAUCGAAUCAAAUUUAUGGAUAUUUGGGGAAAACGUUUUUUUGAUUUUGGGGACGAAAGGCAGAAAAAUACUGGCAACACUGAUCCCAGGACUGAUACUCCCGUAAACGUCAACGAUAGCCAGAGGAUCAAUGCACGUAAAAUUGCCACCAAGAUGACCAUGAGGGAUUAUUGCCGCCUGUGUGCUUGCAAAAAUUAUAAUAACCUUUGUUUGUUUGGUGCAAAUGACGAUCCCAAUGAAAUAUACAAAGCUGUGGAACUGUAUUUCACAUCGGUGUUUUUGAAUUUGGCAUGGGCCAAACCAUUCCGUUGGAUUUGUCAUCAGUGCUGUAAAUGUAUUAUGGAAUUCAAAAUGUUCCAAGAAUUUGUGGGUAAAUCACAAAAGAAACUAAUGGCGGUGGCGGAAGCAAAGCAAAGUAGACGAAAAAGGAAAGCAAAUAUUCGAAAUGACAAACGUUUAGAAGAAAAUGUUAUAAAUUCUCAGCAUGUUGAAACUUUACCACAGGGGUUUAAUAAUGAUCCAACAAAUAUUCCAAUACCAGGCGUAUGUUCGAUGCCAUGUAAAAUUGCUGAACCCUCUACAGCAAUGCCAGUCACGUAUAAUAUGGAUUAUCCUAUAAUACCAACACAGGGUGUGGCGACAAUAAAUAUAUUAUUUUAAAUGAUAAUUCUCUGGAAGAAAGUUCAAAUCCACAAUGCCAUACGCCUCUCGAUUCAGAAAAUCAUACUUCUUUUCCUGCCAAUUUGAAAUCGGAAAAUAAUUAUGAUCCAGAAUUUCUCCCAUUGGAAGCUGAACCAAAUUAUCAGGAAUUUAAAAGUGAAUCACCGAAUAAUUCUCAAUUAUCACCAAAUAGUCUUAAAACGGAAACAGACUUGAGUGCCUUAUCUAGCCUAAGCUCUAGUAUUUUAAAUGCUGGUACAGAGUCACACUAUAAUCAUUAUGUGGUUGCUGAGCCAUACUUCGUUACCUCGGACAAUAAUGCGGAGUCCACUGAAAAUGCUUUAGAUACGUCAGGAUUUCCGAACAGCAUUUCAACAACAAAUACAUUACAUUAUGAUGAUAUUGACAACGAAGAAGAAGAGGAGGAGCCAAUUGGUAUACUCAUUGAAAUGGAAGAAGAAACAAAAUGUGUACCCCAAAAGAGUCUAUAUGAACAGUUAAAGGCCCAUCGCAUCAAAAAAUUUAGAAACAUCGACACAUCCCAAAAAUAGGUUUAUCUAUUGCAUAAUUAUCAUGCCUACAUAUAGUGGUUAUGGUGCUGGUAUCGGAUACAAUUUGAUCAAAUGCAUAGCUAA